AUGUAUAACACUUUCAAUUCAACUACACAAGAUAUUGAAAACAAAGGCAUUCAUCACAUUAUAGAUAAACAUUAUGAUCAAAAAUAUUACAAAGAAUUAAAUACAAUCCAACCAGAUUUUACUGAUAUGUCAUUAGAACAGUUAAAAAUAGCUCAUUGGAGAGGAUAUUCACAAGUAUGUGUCCAGGAUGCUUAUACACCACAAUCAGAAUAUCGUGCACAAUUUCAAGAUUUUAUAAAAGAUUCAAAAUCUUAUCAAAAAAUAAAACCUUAUUGUAUAUGUUCAAUGGCUAAUCCAAUAACUAUUGUUGGGAUGGAUAUAUCAAGGCUGUAUACUAAAAAAUGUGAUUUGAAACGCCCACAAACAGAAAGUGAUUUAAACAAACAACCUGAUGGAACAGCUAAGUGAUGAAUUGUGUUUAACUGUAUUAAACAAAAUAAAAAGAAAAUUUAAUGACGACCAAGGAAAGCUGUGCAAUUCACAUAUGCCUCUAGAAAUGUUGCGUAAUUCUUUUGAAGAAAUAUUUCAAACAUGACGUGGU